AUGAAGCGCCUCCUGCGCAUCGCGACGGGCCGGCCCGACGCCAGUGCGUCGGCCCUGCGCGCGGCGGCGGCGGCGGCGGCGCCGACGGCAUCGGGCGUCGCGUUUGUCGACAACUCGCAGGGCGCGUCGCAGGCUGCGGCGGAGCUGUCAGCGGCGCUGGGCACGGCGCUGGACCAGAUUGAUUUUGAGGGAACCCUCGACGAGACGCUCCGGCGCUUCGUGCACCGGCUCGACGAGGUGGCGUCUGACUACGACAAUUCGCGGCUGCGCGACGGCGGCGCCGGGCAGGCCCCGUGGGAGUGCACGCAGCACACGGCGCAACUAGUCUCGAUUGCGUGGGCCUGCGCGCUCGAUGCCUACACCGCCACCGCCGCCAGCAUCCUGGCAGAGACGGACACGGCGACGUACCGCUUCGAGCGCGACUGGGUCGGGGCGCCGUCAGUCGGCGGCACCGUCAAGACUCUGACAUCGACCGUGGUCAGCCCGCUGGCAGACGCCGUCGACAACGACAACACGUGGCUGCCGGUGCUGGUCAUCGCGGUCUGCGGCACUGUCACUACAGUGGACCACAUGGUCAACGCCAACGGGCGGCCCGUCGAUGCGGUGGGCUUCGUGGCCCGCGGCGCAAACGCCCACGUGCUGUUCGCCGGGCACUCGGCCGGCGGCGCCGUCGCGUCGCUGCUGUAUCUCCGGUACCGCGGCAGGCAGGAGUUUGCAUCCACAGCGCGCUUCUCGUGCAUCACCUUCGGCGCGCCGCCGGCCGUGUCGUUGCCGCUGACGGCCGUCGGCAGCAGCGGCACCGACACCGACAGCGACAGCAACGACCCCGUGUGCCUAUCCCUCAUCAACGAGUUCGACCUCGUCAGCCGCGCCGACACGCCGUACGUGGUCUCAGUGGCGAGCCUGUUCCGCGCCGCGCAGCAGAAAAGCCUCCCGCGCGGCGAGGACAAGCCUGUCGUGCUCGAGGUCGAGCAGGAGGACGAGGACGAGGGCAGAGAUGAAAAAUCGUGGCCGCUACCCCGCGCGCUGUUCCACCACGUCGGCCACGUCGUUGUGCUGGCCAUGCGGCUGGAGGGUGAUAGUGAUGGUGAUGGUGAUGGUGAUGGUGGUGGUGUUGACAGCGCCGGCGCCGGCGCUGUCCAGCUUAGGGCUGUGCGCGUGAAUCAUGGUGUGCUGGAGCGGCUGUUGUUCUGCCGCGUCGCUGUCCACCGCCGCGCGUGCUAUGAUGAGCGCGCGAGGCUGCUUGCAAGGGGUGAGUUUAAUGGGUUGAAGGGCUGGGUGGUGUGAUGGCUGGGUCAUGCGUGUUGUAUGGGAUUGCAUUCUCUUGGCUUGUCAUAGUUGGGUAGUCGGUCUCUAUAAAGAAUUCUCUUGGCGGCCGAAGACAGUUAGCCCAAAUCAGAGUCGCUUCAGC